AUGCUCACAACCACGCAAAGCGCCAUCGCGGAAGACCUGGACUCGUUCGAGAAGACAUCGUGGUUCACCUCCGCUUACCUGAUCGCCAUGAGUUCCCUAGGUCCCGUCAAUGGGAAGCUGAGCUCCAUUUUCUCACCGAGGGCUUGCAUCUUUGUUUCAUCAGUGAUACUGGCAUUUGGGACGCUGUUGUGUUCUUGGGCCAAAGACUUCGAGAGCUUCAUUGCUGGGCGAGUGGUGACUGGCAUUGGCGCAAGCGGCGUCUUCACGAUUUCGAUCAUUAUCGUGCUGGAACUCACUGGUUCCAAGCGGAAGGGCAUUGGUAUUGGACUGCUCAACUCAGGUUACACCAUGGGCGUGGCCAUCGGCGCAAUAGCAGCAGGAGCACUCCUCGACAUUCCAUGGUGGAAAGCUCUGUGGUGGCUGAAUUGGAGGGCCCUUUUCUGGGUGCAGGCCCCUAUCGCACUAGUCGGUGGCCUGAUACUCUUACUGGCGAUUCCGCAUGACUUCACUGCUGGAGAGAUGGUCGGCCGCAAUACAUGGGAACGGCUGCGCAGAAUCGACUAUCUCGGAUGCAUUAGCUUGACGGCCUCGCUCGUCCUUCUGCUUUACGCUCUGAGCUCGCCAAAGAGUAUUCCGAUUUCCCCGAUUGUUUUAUCAAUUGUAGUUGGAGUGGUCUUCGUCUUGAUCGAGGCCUACUUUGCGCAUGAUCCCAUCAUUCCCGUCACGCUGCUGAAAUCCCGUGGACUUCUGCUGACCUGCCUUGGUACUGUGUCCUACAUGAUGUCUCGCUGGUCAGUCCUAUUCUACACGCCAACUUAUGCAAUCGCGGUACGACAAUGGUCUCCAUCCAUCGGCGGCUCUCUCCUCAUACCCACAAACGGCGGAUUCGCAAUGGGCGGUCUCUUGGUUGGCUGGCUGCACAUUCGACGAAACGGCUCGUUCUACCUUCCGACACUGGUGAGCUACGCCUGCUUCCCAGUGACACUCGUAUUACUGGCGACGAUGGCCCACAGGGAAAGCUCACCCGUGGCCUUGGUGCUUGUGCUGUUCGUCUGCGGUUUCACGACCGGAGCGGCACUCAACUAUAAUCUUGCCCAUUUACUCCAUCUCACGCCGAAAGAAACGCAUUACGUUGCGACGGCUCUGAUCGCUACAUUCCGCGGCUUCGCAGGGUCAUUUGGAGCCUCCAUCGGCGGAGGCCUGUUCACACGAACGCUGUCUACUUCACUUACUACUCGCUUUGCCGAGAGGGGCUUGCGGGAUGAGACGCUUAUUAGGAAGCUGCUUGGAUCUCCCGCAUUGGUCGAACAGCUUGAAGGCGUAAAGCAAGAAAUUGCUAUUAAAGGCUACGAGGACGCUCUCAGGACGCUGUGGCUCGCGGCUGCGGUGUUAGCACUGGGCACAAUAGUUGUGCAAGCCGGAGUGGGAUGGGAAGGUGACUCGGAAAAGAAAGUACUAGAGGAAGAAAGUACUAGAGGAAGAGAGGCAGGCACUCCUUCAUGA